CGGAGUGGCGGGGAGUGGAGCGGGCCAGAGCGGCUGGCUGGCUGGCAGGCAGGCAGGCAGGCAGCACGGGGAAUAAAACGAAGGGAUCCUCGCUUUUUUCUUUCCCCCCCAUCUAUAUUUUUUUCCUUCUCGGUACUUUCUCCUUCUUUUCCGAAACGUUUUUGGACUAAGUUUUCUUCAGACCGUCUGGGCUUGGCUUUUUUUUUAUUAUUAUUUUUUUACUUUUGCAAAGGUUUUUUAUUUAUUUUUUCCUUUUUUUUUUUUCUGAGUGUUGUGUGUAGCAAAAAAAGAAAAGUUACUGUCGAGCCAAGUAACCCAGGCGCUCUGCAGGGAGGAGGGGGAAGAAGAGAAGGAAAAAGUUGCCUUUGUUGCUAGCGAGCUUUUGCUGCCUUGAUGUGACUGCGGGCAAGCGACUGCAAACAGGGCCGGCGUGCGAGUGUCGGCAGCGCGGCUCUCCGCCUCCUCACGCCGGCAGGCUCCGCUUCCCGCAGCCCCCUCGGAGGCGGCCGGGGCCGCGCCGCUCCGCUCCCUCCGCCCGCGGCGGCGGCGUGAGAGCGCCCGCGCAGGGCUCUGCCCGGCCGGGGAGCGCGGGGGCGGCUCCCGGCGGCCCCUCCGUCGGUUGCCAUGGUGCCGCGGCCCGGCGUGCUGUGGGCAGUGGCGGCGGCGGCGCUGGCGCUGCUGGUCCGGCGGGCGGCGGCGGCGCUGGCGGGGCCGGUGGUCCGCUGCGAGCCUUGCGACGCUCGGGCGCUGCAGCAGUGCAAGCCCCUGCAGCCCGACUGCCCCGAACGGGUGCGGGAGCCGGGCUGCGGCUGCUGCCUCACCUGCGCCCUGCGCGCGGGGCAGCCCUGCGGCAUCUACACGGAGCGCUGCGGCGCCGGGCUCAGCUGCCAGCCGCGGCGGGAAGAGGCGCGGCCGCUGCAGGCGCUGCUCGAGGGCCGCGGGCUCUGCACUAACGCUACGGCGGGCGGCAGGCUGCGGGCCUUCCUGCUGCCGGGACCGCACGCUGCAGGAAAUUUCAGUGAUUCAGAAGAAGACAGGAGUACCAGCAGCGUAGAAAAUCAGGCCAUUCCAAACUCUCACAGAGUGCCAGAUUCCAAGUCACAUCCACCACACAUCAAAAUAGAUAUCAUCAGGAAAGUACAAGCCAAAGAUACACAACGCUAUAAAGUUGAAUAUGAUUCGCAGAGUACGGAUACAUUGAAUUUCUCUUCUGAAUCCAAACAAGAGACUGAAUAUGGUCCAUGUCGUAGAGAAAUGGAAGACACUUUAAACCACCUAAAGAUCCUGAAUGUCUUGAGUCCCAGGGGAUUUCAUAUUCCAAAUUGUGACAAGAAGGGAUUCUACAAGAAAAAGCAAUGUCGCCCAUCCAAAGGCCGAAAAAGAGGUUAUUGCUGGUGCGUGGAUAAAUAUGGACAGCCACUUCCUGGGUAUGAUGGGAAGGGAAAAGGAGAUGUCCACUGCUAUAACUUGGAAAGCAAAUGAGGGCUAAGUGCCAGCUCUUCUGGCAUCUGUGCACGGCCACUGGACCUCACAGAGACCUUGGAGGGGCUGGGCAAACACUGUGGGACUGCACUGUGUGUGGAGUAACAAGCUCUGCCUCCUGCAGCACAUGGGGAGUUGCAGCCUCUGUGGAUGCUGCUGCAGCUGCACCCUGCCACUGACACACAUCGAGCUUCCUAUGGGAUGUGUAGGGAGCUCUGAAUUCCCAUGUAAACCUGCACUAUUGAUACCCAGAGAGAGAAAAACAAAAGGCACUUCAGAAUGGAAUCAGGGAGUCUCCACUGACUUUUUAAAGAAUGGCCUGUGACCAAUUUGAUCCCAAAAGAUAUCGGGUUUUUUAAAGAUUUUAUAGACGUUAAGCUUGUAAAAGUAUUAAAAAGAAAAACAAAACCAAAAAACCCACAAUGAUUUAAAGGUUAAGUUUUUUUACAGGUCUGAUGGGAAACUUGUCUUCACGGGUAAAAAGUUUUAUAAAAAUCUCAAAGAACUUUUUAAAGAAAUGUAUUUCUAAAAUAAAGACGUGGCUAUUUUUUUCUGUAAAAUAUAUUAUGAAUAUUCUGUUAGUCUGUAUUUAAUAUAAUUGUUUUUUAAUAAACUUUAUUUAAAUGUAACAUGUGAAUACCAAAUAUUACACAGUAACUCUAGUGUAUACAUCUGUAUGCAAAGAGAAAGUAAAGUAAGGUUAUGGGAUGAUUUGCAAAUAUGUAUAAAUCUGUAUGCAUACACACUGACCUGUUCUAGGUAAAAGAAAUGAAUUUUUGAAGCAAAGGAAAUGUUUCCAGAAGGGAUUGAGUUUUAUUAUUUGAUAUAACUACAAAUACCAAGAUAAUAUUUUUCUUAAUUAUUUUAUUGGUAAUUCUAAUGUACCCAUCACUGAAUUAUGCCACUGGAAAGGAUAACAAUCGCACUGAAGCUCUUGGUAAAGCUUUCUUCUGUCUGUAUGUUGCUUCAGUUUGUGCAACAGGGCUUACAUUUCCUCCAUUUACUGCUUACACUCAUACAGAAUAUUCAUGGAGAAAAAAUUGCUGUUACAGUACUACUCUUUGCAUUUGCUUAUUUAUUUUGAAAAGGUGUAUCUAGUCUGUGUUGUCUUGGUACCUUCUGCCAAAGCACUUACUCUGUAUGAGGAACUCCUGUUGAAAACAACGUUGACAAGAUGGGGUCUUGAGACCCACGCAUUUCAUUUAUGCGACACAAAAUUGUUGCUUUCUUUGACUAUGGUGGAAUCAUUUGCCUGCAUCUAAGCAUAGAAAAAGAACCAUUUGGUUUAAAUAGUUAAACUCACUGUCUGCCAUAGUGCUACAUGUCUUUUUAAUUGGAAGAGAAGUGAUUUGGUUUUGUUGUGGUAUGUGAUGCUUUCACAUAA